AUGGUGGUGGUUGGAUCUUUGGAUGCAAUGGGUGGCACCGGCACCGCACACCCCAUCCGCGUCCGCCCUGCCAGAACCACCGACGCAUGUAUACACAUAGCUGGCGGAGGCCAAAGCCCAAAUUCCCCUCUUGACCACUCCGCCCACUCUUCCUCUCCUUUUUCCCAAGUCCCCGGCGCCGCCGCCCAACGUCCCCACCAAGCACCACCCGUCCGCCACCGCCACCGCCUCCCUCUCCCUCUCCACCCGCGCGCGCGCCGCCUCCCCCAGCGCCCCGUCCCCCUCGCCGUCUCCUCCGGCAGACGGGGUCGGCCCCGCGGCGACGACGCGGGGCGACGUGUACCUGGGGCGGCAGCUCGCGGCCGCGGCCGCGGCGGGCGCCCGCACGCGCGCGCCGGAGGAGGACGUCGAGAGCCGCCGCCGCCGCAAGGAGAAGCGGAGGGCCCUGGCCAAGAAGAUGACCCCAACACACACACUCCCGCUCCCAUCCUCUUCUCCCGGGAUGCAAGCAGCUGCAAGGAAGGGCGCGGCGGCGGCGGCGGCGACGGCAGCGUCGGCGUCCUUCCACUCCACCGCCGCGGCGCUCUCAAAAUCCACGAAGAAGAGGCACAACCAACUGAAGACCGUGCUAUGCGGGCGGUGCAAGCUGCUGUCGCACGGAAGGUGUUUGACAAAAUGACCAAAAGCUAUUUUUGGCUUACAUGAAGGGAUGCAUGCUCUUCAUCUUGCAGGCUGGCAGCGGUGUUCGCAAAUCACCACGGAGAAAGUAAAGAUCUCGAGAGGAUUCCGUUUGUUUGCUCUAUGUAUUGUCUUUCGAAGCGCAGGAAAAAACACAAAAAAUUCUAGUUUAUUUUACUGCCUUUUGUAGUAAAAGAAAAUGAAAAUCACAAAAAAAUGUUUGUUUCUCUGCCUUUUGUACUAAUGGAGAGGGAAAGUCACAAAAAAAUGUUUGUUUUUAGGGUCGAGCAGUCAGUUGGUUUGUCGCUCACUCAGAAAUGUUUUUGGUUUUGGGGGCUUCGA